AUGGGCCUGGCCUCCAGCUCCAGAGUCAGAGAGGAAAGCCCUCCCACAGGAAACCAGCACUCCACUCCACAUGGCCUUUUAAGUGGGGUACACCCAUUUAUUAAGGGUUUAGGUGUUGUUAGUGGCAUCAGUCCGUAUAUAAAGUAUUAUGAAGGCUUGUCGUACGACAGGGAGGAUCUUCACAAGAAACAUUUACGAGCCAAGAGAGCCUCACACCCUCAGGAAUAUACACUGCAGUUGGACCUUAAUGCUUUCCACAGAACUUUCCACCUGCAUUUGAGACGCAACACUGCCGCAUUUUCAGAAAAUUUCUUGGUGGUCAGUGAAAAUGGUUCCGCACUGGUUGAUCUCUCCCACAUAUAUUCGGGAACACUCGAGGGUGAACAUGGUUCAGCGUGCCAUGGCUCAGUGUCUCAGGGUCAGUUUGAGGGAACCAUCCAUACAGACAAUGGGACCUAUCACAUAGAGCCAAUACAAAGAUACACCAGCAGUCCAACAGAUCACCACUCUAUAAUCUACCAUGAGGAUGACAUGGUCCUACCAUCCAUGAGAACCGGCCCUGAUGGAUUCUGUGGUGCAGAACAUCUAAACUCCCUCGCCCAAACCCUCAGACCCAAUGAGGAGGCGCCAGCGAGCCGUACGAGGAGAACAGUGGAUGAGUCAAAGACCACCUGCCUGCUCCACAUCCACGCUGACCACUACUACUACAAGAAGUUCAAGUCCGUCGAGGCCGUCGUGGCUCAGGUUGCAUCCUACAUGCGAGCUGUGAAUGACAUCUACGACAAAGUGGACUUCGAUGGAAUCAAGCUGAUCAACUUCAAAGUGAAAUCCCUCUAUUUGACGACAGAGGAGGAUAAAAAGGAUCCUCUGUACCCUCUGUUCAUCGGGCCUGAGAAACUGUUGAGUUUGUACUCGGAGUCCAACUGGGGCAACUACUGUCUGUCCUACCUGCUCACCAACAGAGACUACAGCGGAGUGCUGGGGCUCGCCUGGGAGGGCAAGGCGGGUAACUGGGGUGGAAUAUGUUCCAAGCAGACCACCCUGCGUAACGGCGGGACCUCCACCCUGAACACGGGUCUGGUCACAAUUCAGAACUACGGACAGUUCCUGCCGCCUCGACACGUCCAGCUGACCUUCGCUCAUGAGCUCGGACACAGCCUGGGCGCUCCGCACGAUGAGGGCUCAAACUGCGGAAAGCUCGGCUCCAGCGGCGGUAAAGGCAGGUACCUGAUGUUCCCUCAUGCCACAGACGAGGUGCGUGAAAACAACGAUAAGUUCUCGCCCUGCAGCAUCGAACACAUCAGCAAGACCCUGAAGCUGAAGAAGGACGACUGCUUUGUGGUCAGUGAUCAGCCCAUCUGUGGAAACCAGAUUGUCGAGGAAGGAGAGGAGUGUGAUGUCGGCCACAACGACUCAGACCUCUGCUGCUACAGCGCCAAACAGCCUGUGGGAGUCCAGUGUCACCUCAAGCCUGGUAAAGUCUGCAGUCCGAGUCAGGGCCUGUGCUGUGGUCAGGACUGUGGGUUCAAGCCCGCGGGUCUGACCUGCGAUGAGGAGACCGACUGUCUGAAGGAGGGUGUGUGUUCAGGCCUCUCACCCGUCUGCCCCGAGCCGAGUGUCAAGGAAAACCUCACAGUCUGCAGUCAGGGCACGCGUGUCUGCAUGAACGGGGUCUGUGCUGAGUCUGUGUGUGUGAAACACAGCCUGCAACAGUGUGACUGUCCAGGAGGCUCCAUGAAGGAAAAAUGCCACAUGUGCUGCCAGCAGCCCGAUAAGCCUGAGACGUGUGCGAGCACCACCUCUUCCGUGUUGUCCCGUCACUUCCAGAGCAAGGCGCUGGCAUUGGCCGCCGGCUCUCCGUGCUCAGGGAACCAGGGUUACUGCGACAAAUUCCACGUGUGUCGUCUGCUGGAUGCAGAUGGCCCCAUCGCAAGACUGAAAAACUCCUUCCUCAAUUUGGACGACUUUGGUGACAUAGCAGAGUGGAUGAAGGCUCACUGGUGGGCCAUCCUGCUGGCUAUCCUGACUCUGUCUGCAGUGAUGGGCUGCACCGUCUGUCUCUGCGGACAAAAACUGGACACCUCUGACUUUUGAUCCAUGUCUCCUCUGGGAAUACGAGUACUUUUUAUGACGAUGCACAAAUUCGUUUGAACUCAUUAAUCUAAAAUAUGUCAGGGUCACUUUGAAGAGAUUCAACUUUGCUCCAGAAGCAGCUUGUGAUCUGCAGGUGAGGACACUUCCACCUGCUCCAUGCCUCUCACACUGUUUUGACAGCGGAUAUCUUUGUACGUCAUGUUGCAGCUGCCCUUUUCCUUUCCUUGUGUCACUUGUCUGUCUGAGUUUUCUGAUGCAUGUGUUGUGGAAAACAUCGCUGUUGAUGCCAACUGCGGGUUAGUCAACCCCCAUGUGAGUCCACGGUGCAUCAAACACCUACAGCGAUUUAAAGCCACCUGUCCCUGCAAAGACUGAGGGGACUCUCACUGUUGUGUUUGAACUGGAGCGCUUUGAUGACCAUCCAGCUUUACAUCACAUUGAGACUUUGUAUUUUGGACAUAUGAAUGUAUGGGAAACACUGGACAUUUGCAGGGAUUUACAAUCAUUCGUCAGAUUGCUGUCAUUUUCUUGCCAUUAGGCAGUUCUCUUACAUCAGGAAAGCAUAAAGAGUCUGCAACCUUGUAUUACUUUUUCCUGGUCACAUAGUUUAGUUCAUGUUGACACUGAGAAUCCUUAGCUUGCAUCUUCUUAAAGCUAUGUUGGGGUGUGUAAUACGAAAAUAAUACGACUUCUCACAUGAUUAAUUACCUCAGUAAAAUUGCUUGUGCCAAGAAUAUGGUCUCAAUUGCUAGUUUCAAGUCUUGUUCAAUACAAUAUGAUGGACAUUUUGUAAAUAAUGGUCCCAUUUAUGGGCAACAUGGAGCUUCAGUGGUUAGCACUCUUGCCUCACAGCAAGAGGGUCACCGGUUCAGCUCCGGCUCUUCUGUGUGGAGUUUGUAUCUUCUCCCCGUGUCAGCGUGGGUUCUCUCUGGGUCCUCUGGCUUCCUCCCACAGUCCAAAAACAUGCAGCUUAGGUUUAUAGGUGACUCUGAAUUGCCCGUC